GAUCGGGCCAGCCAGAGGCGGGGCGGACGCAGGAGGGGGUGUGUCUGGGGAGGGGCCUGGCAGGCCCCAGAAGGUGGCGAGUUUCGCGGCCAGAGGCUUACAGGUCCAGGUGGAGAGGCUGGGCUGGCCAGGGCUUCGGCCUCCGGCGUCGGGAAAUGGCGGCGGGGGGCAGGAUGGAGGACGGUUCCUUGGAUAUCACCCAGAGUAUUGAAGACGACCCACUUCUGGAUGCCCAGCUUCUCCCACACCACUCAUUACAAGCUCACUUUAGACCCCGAUUCCAUCCUCUUCCUACAGUCAUCAUAGUGAAUCUUCUGUGGUUUAUUCAUCUCGUGUUUGUUGUUUUAGCAUUUUUAACAGGUGUGCUUUGUUCUUAUCCUAAUCCAAAUGAGGACAAGUGCCCAGGAAAUUACACAAACCCACUGAAAGUUCAGACGGUUAUAAUCCUUGGGAAAGUUAUUUUGUGGAUCCUCCAUUUACUCCUUGAAUGCUACAUCCAGUAUCACCACAGCAAAAUCAGAAACCGAGGCUAUAACUUGAUCUACCGAUCAACAAGGCAUCUCAAGAGACUUGCAUUGAUGAUACAGUCCUCUGGCAACACAGUGCUUCUCCUCAUACUAUGCAUGCAGCACUCCUUCCCAGAGCCUGGCAGAUUGUAUCUUGACCUCAUUCUGGCCAUCUUGGCACUGGAACUCAUCUGUUCCCUGAUAUGUCUCCUCAUUUACACAGUGAAAAUCCGGAGAUUUAAUAAAGCUAAACCAGAGCCUGAUAUACUUGAAGAAGAAAAAAUCUAUGCUUACCCCAGCAAUAUUACCUCAGAGACUGGAUUCAGGACUAUUUCAAGCCUAGAAGAAAUUGUUGAAAAGCAAGGAGACACCAUUGAAUACCUGAAGCGACACAAUGCGCUGCUGAGUAAGCGAUUGUUGGCUCUCACUUCCUCAGACCUGGGCUGUCAGCCAAGUAGAACGUGAGAGGCUCACGGUCAUGACAGCAAUUGCAGAGGAACCCAGAGUAAUUGAGACUGACUGACCACCUGACAAGCUGCCAUGGGGAACUGCAGCUCUUGCUGAAUAGCAUUUUACAGUGUUUGUCGGAAACCUGAAUUUGGUUCUGACUUCUGUGGCUGUUUAAAAUAUAGGGCUUGUGGGUCACUUGAAAAGUACCUGUAGAAGCCUGGAUAACUUGAGGGGAAUGUCUGUUUUGUACUUUUGGAAAUUAUUUAACUGCUUGGUUUAUCCUAGGAUCAGAGGCUAAACAACUCCAUAGUCAACACUUUUCCACCUGACAUUAGAACCCUGUAAUGAUUUCAUUAUGGAUAGGGGAAGUCUUAACAAGACAAUCGAUUUUAAACAGGGUUUUAAUCAAAUAAGUUCUUCCCACUUUUAAGCUGAUGAAAGAAGCUGAUGUUUUUUCCUGGAGAGCCUUAUCAUGUAUUUUAUAUGCUUAUGUGCUGUUGGAUGACAUCAUGGACCAUAUAGCUUUUAUAGAGAAUUUUUCUCACCAUAGGACUGAGGUCUCACCAGGUGAUCUACUAUGCAAACUCCUACAGUUUUCUAUUCUUAAGAAAUAAGGGCCGGGCGCAGCGGAUCAUGAGGUCAGGAAAUCGAGACCAUCCUGGCUAACACGGUGAAACCCUGUCUCUACUAAAAAUACAAAAAAAAUUAGCCGAGCAUGGUGGUGGGCGCCUGUAGUCCCAGCCACCCAGGAGGCUGAGGCAGGAGAAUGGUGUGGACCCGGGAGGCGGAGCUUGCAGUGAGCCGAGAUCACGCCACUGCACUCCAGCCUGGGCAACAGAGCGAGACUCCGUCUCAAAAAAAAAAAAAAAGAAAAAGAAAAGAAAUAAGAUAUGAUGAUUGAUUACUUGGACCAAUGUUAGACCGACCUGUGUUAGACAAACCUGUGUUGCCUAUUAUAUUGGCAGCACCUUCCAUUAGCAAUAGCUGAAAAAUUCAGAGAAGAAUUUAGAAUUUUCACUUUAUUUUUGCCAUUCUUCAAGAAGUUGCUGUAUAUUUCAGUCUGGUUAUACCUUCAAUUGAUCAAUAACUUCAAUUAUAGGAAAGGCAUCUUCUAUAAUUUUAAAUUACUGUUAAAAAAAGAUACCUUUUAAAGCCUUGGAUUAUACUUAAAAACUGUAAUGGAAGAAAUGUAUAUUAAGUUAUAUGCAGAUAUUAAACAUAUCUGAUUCUGAAGAUAAAAAUGAA